CAUGGCCGCUAUCCGAUUUCAGAAUCUGGAAACUUUUCUGGAAACGGUUUGCGAAAUAAAACCUAAAAAAAUGCCCAAUAUCAAAAUAUUUGGUGGAACCUCCCAUCCUGAAUUGGCACAUAAUGUUGCAGCACGUCUGGGACUCGAGCUUGGGAAGGUUGUCUCCAAGAAAUUCAGCAACCAGGAGACUUGUGUCGAGAUUGGUGAGUCUGUACGUGGAGAAGAUGUCUACAUCAUCCAGAGUGGUUGUGGUGAGGUGAACGACAUGUUGAUGGAGCUCCUGAUCAUGAUCAACGCUUGCAAGAUUGCCUCAUCCUGUCGUGUCACGGCCGUCAUUCCGUGCUUUCCUUAUGCUCGACAAGACAAGAAAGACAAGAGCAGAGCUCCCAUAUCAGCCAAGCUUGUAGCCAACAUGUUGUCGGUAUCUGGAGCCGACCAUAUCAUUACUAUGGAUCUCCACGCCUCACAGAUUCAAGGAUUCUUCGACAUUCCUGUUGAUAACCUUUACGCUGAGCCUGCCGUUCUGAAAUGGAUUCGUGAGAACAUUCCAGAAUGGAAGAACAGUUGUAUUGUAUCACCUGAUGCUGGUGGUGCAAAACGUGUGACUUCAAUUGCUGAUCGCCUGAAUGUAGACUUUGCCUUGAUUCACAAAGAACGACGAAAAGCUAAUGAAGUAGCGUCGAUGACGUUGGUAGGAGACGUGCGAGAUCGUGUGGCGAUCCUAGUUGAUGACAUGGCAGACACUUGUGGCACAGUCUGCUUAGCUGCUCAGAAGUUGCAUGAGGCUGGAGCAACAAAGAUCUAUGCUGUUUGUACCCAUGGCAUCCUGUCGGGACCCGCACUGUCUCGUAUCAACAACUCGUUAUUUGAAGCCGUCGUGGUGACCAACACUAUUCCACAGGAGUCGAACAUGAAACAGACAAGUAAACUGCAGAUGAUAGACAUUGGCUUGAUUCUAGCUGAAGCAAUACGACGAACCCACAACGGUGAAUCUGUGUCCUACUUGUUUAGUAAUGUUCCAUUGUAGCGUCGGCGUCAGCAAGUUUUUAAGGCUAUCGACAUUUCCAUGAUGUUGGCAGAGGCUAUUCGCCGAACGCACAAUGGCGAGUCAGUCUCGUAUCUCUUCAGCAAUGUUCCUUUAUAACCCAACAUCAAAUCAUCAUCUCAAUGCAAUCUAAUGCCGUAAGAGGGCAUCACAGAGGGAAGAAGUCAGUGAUAUUUCAUGGAGAUUUACGGGAGAACUUGAUUAUAAUGGUCCCUACUGACCUGGAAAGACCUCAUGAACUUUUUAUUCGUUUAAAUUGUCCAGUAAAACUGUUCAAGUCUAUAAUUUUGUUAAUAUUCCUUAUUAGAAACUUCUGUGACAGGGUAUGUCGUAUGUCUGAUUCUAAUAGCCUGCUGUGGCAAAAGAAGACACUUUUGUCGCAUGAAGAGAGAAAAGUGAGAAAGUGUUCUGUGUGCUCAGUUGAGAACAUUUGUUGAGGUAAAACUCAGCUCAUGAAAGCACACUAAAACUUUAGAUUUAUUGCUUUUUUGCCAUGAUCUAUUUUGCAUUGAGAGUUGAGAGAAUUGUGUGACAGUUUCUAAAUAGCUUUCGUAUGUCUGACCCUUUCUCUUUAAAUCCGACAAAUGUUGAUGGUUUUGAAUCAUGUCGAGUUUGAUGAACCAGGUUUUGGUUCAAAAUAUUUGUUUCUAGAUGAAAUCAUGUUGUUCCGUCAAAGAAUGUUAUUGUUGAGUUUUAUUUUUUUGUCUGGCUUUGAUUCCCCCACUGACAACACACGUGUGUUUUCAAUGUGUGUGUGUUUGUCAGUCGAGUGCGGGGUUAUUGAGCUCUUAUUUCCAUGUGCCUGUGGUACAGGCAGUUGGAAGCCCUUCUCGCCAGUACCAUGACAGUGCACUUCGAAAUAACUUCGCGAUAUAAACAAAAUGUAUAAAGAUUAUGUCAUCAAAAUCGACCUAGUGGCAUGUUUCUGACGUUAUGUUCGGGAAACCAAUCCGUUAUUUGUUCAGUAAAACUGUCUUUGUUCCUAAUUCUUCAAGUAUAUAUACUAAAAAUCUCAGUUGCUAUGGAGUGUCGUUUUGUAAAGAAGAAACAUCAUUCAGCUGCUGCGUUUCACGUUUUGUAACCAAAACCACCUGGUUCAAAAUAUGGAAGAGUCGUAAAGCAGUUAAACUCAAUUAGGUGUUUCAGAAUGGAAAUUGUUACUGUCGGUAAUGGUUGUCUCACCAAACACUACAAGUUUGAAGCAGUCGCUUUGUCCAAACGCUUGGCCAAGUCCAAGUUGUUCAGGUUCGGCUUAGCAUUUAGCAUGUUUUACUUUGAAUCUCUUGGUUUUUCGUUAGACAACCCAUCCCGAGAGAUUGUAUCGUUACUUGUAGCGAAAUGAAUACCAAACUUGUUUGGAACCUUUCCUGUCAUGUGUUCAAUUUGUCUCCUGUUUUAAUUCAAGUUUGUAUUACAUAACAAUAACAUGAACAUGAAUAUGUUGUUUAUAAGAAAUCAGGUUGAUUUUUAAA